GCAACCUCUGCACAGGAAGCUGAGCCCCGGCCGAUCGCGGCUGGGUUUUGAAAGUCAUAUUUCCUCUGGCUCGUGCUCUCUCUCCCCCACCACCCGGCCCCACACGUCCCCCAGCAGCAUGGCGGAGCAGGAGAGCCUGGAGUUCGGCAAGGCCGACUUUGUCCUCCUGGACCAGGUGACCAUGGAGCACUUCAUGGAGAACCUGAAGCUGAGGUUUGAGAUGGGGCGGAUUUACACCUACAUCGGGGAGGUGGUGGUCUCCAUGAACCCCUACAAGCAGACGCAGCUCUACGGGAAGGACGUGAUCGAGCAGUACCAGGGCCGAGAGCUGUACGAGCGGCCGCCGCACCUCUACGCCGUGGCCGAUGCCGCCUACAAGGCCAUGAAACGCCGAGCCAAAGACACCUGCAUCGUCAUCUCAGGGGAGAGUGGUGCUGGGAAGACGGAAGCCAGUAAAUACAUCAUGCAGUACAUAGCGGCCAUCACUAACCCCAGCCAGAGGGAAGAGGUGGAGAGGGUGAAGAACGUGCUGCUCAAGUCCAACUGCGUCCUGGAGGCCUUCGGCAACGCCAAGACCAACCGCAACGACAACUCCAGCCGCUUCGGCAAAUACAUGGACAUCGACUUCGACUUCAAAGGGGACCCCACCGGCGGCCACAUCAACAACUACCUCCUGGAGAAGUCUCGCAUCCUCCACCAGCAGCCGGGCGAGAGGAACUUCCACUCCUUCUACCAGCUGCUUCUCGGGGCCUCGGACGCUCAGCUGGCCUCCCUCCAUCUCUGCAGAGACCCUGCAGCCUACCGCUUCACCAGCGAGGGUGCCAGCAACAACCUGCUGACCAGUGAUCAGUCCAACUUCAAGGCCGUGGCAGACGCCAUGAAGGUGAUCGGCUUCAGCCCGGAGGAGAUCAACUCAGUCUACAAGAUCCUGGCUACUAUUUUACACCUGGGCAACGUGAGCUUCGUCACCGAGGGAGAUGCAGUGGCGAUAGAGAACAGGGAACUGGUCUCCCAGUUGGGGGAGCUGACCUCCACCCAGCCGGAGAGCCUGCUGAGAACCCUGCUGUACCGCACGGUGGCCACGGGCGGCGGGGAGGUCAUCGAGAAGGGUCAUAGUGCCAAGGAAGCCAACUAUGCCAGGGACGCCUGCGCCAAGGCCAUCUACGAGCGGCUGUUCUGCUGGAUUGUGGGGCGCAUCAACACCGUCAUUGAGGUGAAGAACUACGACGCCCGGCUCCACGGCAAGAACACCGUCAUCGCCGUGCUGGACAUCUACGGCUUCGAGAUCUUCGAAAGCAACAGCUUCGAGCAGUUUUGCAUCAAUUACUGUAACGAGAAGCUGCAGCAGCUGUUCAUCGAGCUGAUCCUGAGGCAGGAGCAGGAGGAGUAUCAGCGGGAAGGCAUUGAGUGGCAGCACAUCGAGUACUUCAACAACCAGAUCAUCGUGGACCUGGUGGAGCAGCCACACAAGGGCAUCAUCUCCAUCCUGGAUGAGGCCUGCCUGACCGGGGGCCAGGUCACGGACGCCAUGUUCCUAGAGUCCAUGAACACCAAGCUGGGCAAGCACCCCCACUACACCAGCCGCAAGCUCUGCGCCACCGACAAAUCCAUGGAGUUCGGCCGGGAUUUCCGCAUCAAGCACUACGCCGGGAACGUCACGUACUCGGUGGAGGGGUUUAUCGACAAGAACAAGGACACCCUCUUCCAAGAUUUCAAGCGGUUGAUGUACAACAGCACGGACCCCGUCCUGAGGGACAUGUGGCCGGAGGGCGAGGUCAGCAUCACCGAGGUGACCAAGCGCCCCCUGACGGCCGCCACCCUCUUCAAGAACUCCAUGGUGGCGCUGGUGGAGAACCUGGCCUCCAAGGAGCCCUACUACGUGCGCUGCAUCAAGCCCAACGACCAGAAGUCGCCGCUGCUCUUUGACGCCGAGCGCUGCCGCCACCAGGUGGAGUACCUGGGCCUGCUGGAGAACGUGCGGGUCCGCAGGGCCGGCUUCGCCUACCGGCAGCCCUACGACCGCUUCCUGCUCAGGUAUAAGAUGACCUGCGAGUACACGUGGCCCAACCACCUCAUGCCCACGGACCAGGAGGCCACGCGGGCCCUCAUCGACCAACACGGCUUCCAGGACGAUGUGGCCUAUGGCCACACCAAGAUCUUCAUCCGCAGGCCCCAGACCCUCUUCUGCCUGGAGCAGGAGCGGGCCCAGCUCAUCCCCAUCAUCGUGCUCCUGCUGCAGAAGGCGUGGCGGGGGGCCCUGGCCCGGCGGCGCUGCCGGUACCUGCGUGCCAUCUACACCAUCAUGGGCCACUACAAGCGGCACAAGGUGAAGACGUACCUGCUGGAGCUGGUGCGCCGCUUCCAGGGGGUGCGCAGCAUGGCCGACUACGGCAAGAGCGUGGAGUGGCCCGACCCGCCGGCGGUGCUGGCGCAGUUCCAGGAGAACAGCAAGCUGCUCUUCCGCAGGUGGCGAGCCAGGCAGAUCGUGAAGAACAUCCCUCCCUCGGACAUGGCGCAGAUCCAGGCCAAGGUGGCGGCCAUGGAAGUGCUGCAGGGCUUGCGCAAAGACUGGGGUUGCCAGAGGAACUGGGGCCGGGAUUACCUGUCGUCGGUGGCUGAAAACCCUGUCAUGGCCGCCCAGUUCGCCAGGAGGGUGCAGGCCCUGAGGGACAAAGUGCACUUCGGCUCGGUGCUGUUCUCCUGCCAUGUCCGCAAGAUCAACCGCUUUAACAAGAGCAGGGACCGGGCCAUUCUCGUCACAGACCAGCACCUCUACAAGCUGGAGCCCAGGAAGCAGUACAGGGUGAUGCGGACCCUGCCUCUGAGCACGGUGACGGGGGUGAGCGUGACCAGCUGCCAAGACCAGCUGGUGGUUUUUCACACCCAGAACCACGACGACCUGGUCAUCUGCUUCCAUAAGAUGCAGCCGGAAGAGGACAACCGAGUUGGGGAGCUGGUGGGCGUGCUGGUGGACCACUUCAAAACGACGAAGCGCGAGCUGCAGGUGCGCGUGUCGGACUGUAUCCAGCUGAGUCUGCGCGGGAGGAAGAGGCUGGUUGCCGUGGAGACGCGCCACGAGCUGGCCUUCCCCGACUUCGGCAAGAGCCGGGACGGCUUUGUGCUUUACUGUCCCAGGAGAUGAGCCAGGGCCGCCCGGCGCGUCCUGGCUGGACAGCAGGGGGGAGGGGCUGCUUGGCUGCGAACCCGCGGGGAGGAGCUGGGACGCAGGGCGCCGGGCCCUGCUCAGCAUCGCGCCCUCCCUUCCUUUGGUUUUUCUCUAGGGUUUUGUAACUUUUUAUUAAGUGAGUCCAUCACUGUGGCCGGAGCCAGCCGGACCCUGGAGCCCGCUAGCCCCAGUGGGCAGCAGCAGCCCUGGGCCCCCCCACCGUGCCUGCUGCCUAUGGGCCCCGCUCCAGGGAUAUCACCAGGGUGGGAAGGGCGAAGGCCUGCAGGGCCCAUGAAGCUCGAACCCCGCGGCCAUGGGACACCCCCAGAUAUGCACGAACCGCGGUCGGGCUCGGACCAGACACACCCCCUGGAACGAGGGACAUGGAGGCACAGAGCCCCCAGAAGUUCUGGGAGCAGCUUUGCAAGGAGCACCCCAGAGACAUGCCCCGAGUCACCGGCCGGACUGCAGCGGAAGGGGAGAGACAGUCAUCCAGGCCAGACCCCGCCCAGGAAAGCCCCGCUCUGCAUCACCCAGGCAGCCCUUGUCUCCCAGUUCCAGCCUGUAGUGCUGCUGGGGUUGAAUUGAUCCGUAACCGCUCUGCUGCAGCUGCCACCAAGGGCGGCCAAUCAGCACCUACAGCAGCGAUGUUCGCAGGGGGUGCUGUCUGGGGGGAUGGGGCCAAGCCCCCCACAGCUGCUCGAGCCUCUACCCUUGCAUAGCAUGGAGCCAGAGUCCCAGGGCUCCUCUCAUCGGUGGUCCUCUGGGCUGCUGGCUCAGGGGAUCAUGCCCUCACCCUCUCUCCUCUGUGGGUUCCCCUGGCUCCCAGCUCACCAACUUCUCCUUUAACAGCUCUUCUGCCCUCUCUGUUAGCGGCUGCCCCUGGCUCUCUCCUCUUCCACCUCUUGGCUGACCCCCUGUGAUGAAGUGGGAAUGCUCUUAAUGUUUUCUCUGAAUACUAUGUGGGUGCCUCAGUUUCCCCUAUGAAUUUCUUAGGUAUGUAGGUGGGGGGAUCAGGGGGUGUGAUUGUUGCAGAGCCCAAGAGGGCCCCUGUGAUACUGUCUGCACAGAGAAUGGCCGGCACUCUGUCUCCUGGCAACUAAUGGCCUGGGCCCCUCCUCUGCAAAGAUGCCAACUGAAGGUGCUGGAGAACAAAGAGAUCAGGUGACCUCCUGGCCCAGGAAAGGGACAAAGGCAGAUCAGGGGCUGGAGAGUUUCAGUUUGGAGCUGGCUGGGAAAAUGGAGGGGAGGCCAGACAGACCUCCUGGCCUCCCCUGGCCCCCCAAGAUGGACCUGACUGCGAGGGUCCUGUUGUCUGUACCUGCAAGACCUCUUAGACUGUGUUCCUGUUGUCUAAAUAAACCUUCUGUUUUACUGGCUGGCUGAGAGUCAGGAAGCCGGGGGUGCAAGGCCUUGUCUUCCCCAACUCCAUGACACCCCCCAUCCCCAAUCUUUCACCACCUGCCUGCUUCCACCUCCCCGAGGUUUCCCCAGCCAGCCCCUGUGCUGAGUUCAUUGUCUUCCUGCGCAAUCCUCCUCUCACGGCUGCCCCAGUCUGCCCUUCUCAGAAUUCCUCGCUCUCUGGCCUCCUCUCUUCCAGUUCUUCCUAGUCCCGGCCUUCCUCUUUGAAUCCCUCCAAUCCACCCUCCCCCUCUCCAUCCCACCCACUGCUCCCCGGUCACCUCCUAUCUCCACUGACACAAGCUGCUCCUCUCCCCACGUCACACCCAUCCUGUCCAUCCAGCAUGCAGGCGCCAAGGUCUUCCCCUUACCCCGCAUUGGCCACCGCCCCCCACUCCUACUCCCAUUCAUUCUGCUUCUUUUUACCCUCUCCUUUCACUGCUCCCAUCAGCCCCUUCUCCCACCCCUGGCUUCACACCUUCAGCCGCUCUCAGAGCAGCCAGCAGCCCUGCAUGCACCAAGCACCUCCUCCUUCCACUCCCUCCUAGUACCAGGGAUAGAAAGGAAUGUCCCUUCCCUAAGCAGAGAGAGGACUCUUAUAGCCCAGUCCCCUUCCCAGCAUGCAUUACUGCCAGGCCUACAAUUCCUAUCAGUUCGGGGAACUACACCUCCCAGAAGUCUCUUGUUCUGGGCUGGGUCCUUUGCCUCCCUUAAAGGGCCAGCAACACAUCUCAACGCCCACUUUUCCCAUGAGGCUCCUCUGCUGAUCUCUUGACCGCUGCACCCCCUUUCCCUCCCUCCCCCGCACACCCCUUCUCAUGUUUGAAGGUUUGCCCCAAGGGUUGUAUUUGCCUAGAUAGGAUUGUAAACUCCUCUGAGCACUGAUCUUUCUUACAGCCCCAGGCAUGCUUCGGCUGCUCUAGAAAUAAGGCCAGUACAGAUAACGGGCCCCACAGGGGCUCUUCGUAGUAAGGAAAUGCCAACGAUGCUUGUACAACUUGUGAAUAAAAAGAGCUGUG